AUGGCGUCCGCUGCUCUUCAAUCAUCCUCGAUCGCGAUGACGAAAAAGAACCUCGUUUCUUCUUCUUCUCAAAAGCGAUCAUCUUCUUCUCGAAGAAGUUUACACGUCGUCAACGCGGCACCGCCGACUGGGAACGAACGUCGCGCGAUGGAAUCCGCGAAAGUUGCGGCGAGAACGAACUUCAUCAGCAGCACCGAGGAGUUAGACGCGGCUUUGACCUUAGCCGGCGAUAACUUGGUCAUGUUGGGCAUAAUCUCCGACGAAGCCUGCGAGGGAUUCACGGACGAACAAGCCAAAGAGUGCAGACAAAUCACGGCGUCGAUGGCGAGAAUUGCGAGAGAAUGCCCAGACGUGACGUUCUUGGAAUGCGACAUCUUGUCCUCUUCCGGCGCUAAGAAUUUGGCCGAUAAGCUCGGCGUCAAGGACUUUCCUACGUUUCAAUAUUACAAGCACGGCGACUUGUUGUGGCAACACUCCGGUUUCGGCGCCGGCUCGCACGAAUCCAUCGCGGAAGGUGUUUUGUACUACGGCGAUGAAGGUGCCGGCGGGUUGAGAGUUCAAGACUUUUUGACCGACAUCUCAACCGAGGCGGACUUGAAGGACUUCUUGGAGUUGUGCAUGCCGGCGCAAGAAGUUCCGGGUUUCAUCGCUCCGGUUGAAAUCGAGUGCGCCAAGCAACUCGCGAUUGUCGACGUUUCGGUCGAGAACGAUCCGCCGAGCGGAUGCUUGAAGAUCUUCCCGGCGGUCGUUUCUCUUUCCAGAAACACUGCGGGUGCGACGAGAUGGGCGAGAUUGAUCGCGGACAAGAACAAAGAGUCCAAGGCGUUGGCCAAGACUUUGAAGGUGUCGGAAGUCCCGUCUUUCGUCUUUUUCGCGGAUGGCAAGGAGGUUGACCGAUACACGGGUUCUGACCGCAUGACGUUGAUGAAUAAAGUGUUGGCGUUUCAAAGAGCGAACGGUGUGAAGAUGCCGCAAAAGAGAACGACGAAGAGAAUGACGACUGCGGAGGCGAGAGAGAUUGCGAGAAAGCAAAGGGAAGAAGCGAAGAAGGCUGGCAGAUCGCAAUGGUCGUAA